AUGACGGUCGACGUUGACUACCACGAUGGAGAGGAUGGUGGGGAGCAACUUCAUGUCCUGGAUUUACCGCAAUUGUAUACGAAGCCGUCCGCCGAAGCACUCAUCGAUACCUUAGCCUUGCUUUCUUACCAGCCAUUUUCGUGGGAUUCGAAGAUUGGAGCUGCACGCCUUACCACCAAGCAAGUAAAUCCUGAAGGGGUAACAAAGUAUUUGACCUCUAUAAUUGCUAGUCAGUUGGCUUGGAUCAAGGAUGAGGAGACCAAGGAGCAAAUUUGGGAACUAGCCAGCGUCCGACUCUGUGAGCGUUCAGGUCGCACAGCUAUGCCUGCUGUCACCCGAAGCUUUACCAUACCCACUAAUAACGGGGGCUCGGAGGCAGAAAUUGUUCUUUACGAACCAUCUCUUACGGCUGAUAAUCUCGGCUUCAAGACAUGGGCCUCGUCGUUUCUCCUCUCGAAACGUCUUCAUCUCUUGGACAUUAUCGCAAAAGACGCACAACAAGCUGGGCCGAUCCUGGAGCUUGGCGCUGGAACGGGUCUCGUUGGGAUGGCAGCCGCAACGGUAUGGGGGGCUCAUGUUCACCUCACCGAUCUUCCGGAGAUUGUUGAGAACCUUUCUCGCAACGCUGAAACCAACCGCGCUCGGAUCGCUGAGCAUGGUGGAUCGGUCUCGACUGGAGUUCUCGACUGGACUCACUAUUCGGGAGUUGAAGGUGUGCCUAGCACUGGUCGCUACUCUAUCAUUCUGGCAGCAGACCCAAUCUACUCUCCCGAUCACCCACGGCUCUUUGUCCAAACCGUACGAGCCUGGCUGAGCACGGACAAGAAUGCUCGGGUCGUGGUUGAGCUACCUUUCCGCGAUGCAUAUGCUCCGCAGAUUCAGGAACUCAAGGACAGGCUGGCUGAUAUUGGUCUGGGACUGAAAGAUCAGGGCGAGGAGGUUGGUUACGACGACUGGGGAGGACGUGACGGCAGACCAGCCGAGGUGCGUUGCUGGUGGGGAGUUUGGGGCUGGUAG